CUUCUGGGGNCCCCCCCCCCCCCGAAGACGUCGGCUUCGGUGGUCAUAUUUUUACUUCCUUCGUUUCCUUUAUUACUACAUUUAUCCUUUUUGUGAAACAAUUGUUCGUAUUUAACCAAAUGUUUGUAACAACUAACUAUUGGUUUUAUUCCGCUCGGUAUUAAAAGUUAAAAAGUAGAUAUUACUCAACUUAUUUUAAAAGUAUUAUUUCAAAUAAUGGGAUACUCUCAACUCGAGAAGAAGAACACCACUGAAAUCAGCUGUUUGGGUAUGAACAAGAUGGCGGCGUAAUGUUAAGUCAAUGGGACUUAGAAUAAUUUCUCCCGACUUUUAAUUAAAUAUUUAACAAUGCCUCAUAAUUGUUGUGCUUAUGGGUGUACCAACAAUUCAGCAAAGCCUGAAUGUAUUGAAAAGGGAAUAUCUUUCCAUAGAUUUCAUUUGGAAGACAAAGUUAUAAUGCGAGCGUGGCUUGUUGCUUUGAAGCGACAACAUUUUGAACCAACUGUUCAUAGUAAAUUGUGUUCAGAGCAUUUUACGCCUGAUUGUUUUGAUUAUCAAAAUUUGUGGAACUCUCCUCAAACUAAAAGAGAGAAGAUAAAGAAAGAUGCUGUGCCGUCCCUUUUUAAAUUUAAACCCAAUAAGCGAACUAGAGCGCCGACAUCAUACACUUUUGGUGCAUCAGUUAGCAGUACGCAAGAUGAUUUGGAUACAGAAGCAGAGCCAACCUCCUUGUCCAAGUCAACACAAACUGAUAUAGGGUUUUGUACUCUCAUCGAUGAGCUUGAUCUCAAAAUUAAAGAGUUAGAGAUGCUGAAAAAAAAUUCAAAAUGCCUAUUUCAAUCCUAAAGAGAUGACCAAUGAUGAACUGAACACCUUU